AGUUCUGAGGCAGGGCCAGCAGAGAAGGAAAAAAACAAUUCUUAUCUCACUGAGAGGCUGCAAAAUUGCCACACUGAUCCACCCCCACUCCUAAGAAAAGGAAAUAGAGCAGUAGCAAGAGUGACCACACACACUUCCUUAAACCUUGCUCUAGGUCUCUCCCUCCCUCUGUUUGUGACAUUCACUGGCUGAGAUCAGAUUGACUCCAUGGGAGAAAGGAAACUGAAGCCUGGAGGACAAAUUGCCUAUUACUGCCUAACUAGAUGGAGGAUUUAGCCAGUUGCCAAGAUGGGUAACCUAAAUUUCAGAGCUCAGCAUAAGGAGGAACCCAGGGUGGUGAUAAUGGGACUAGAUUCUGCCGGAAAGACCACUCUCCUCUACAGACUGAAGAGUAACCAACAAGUGGAAACCUACCCUACUGUGGGCUUUAAUGUCGAGUCGUUGGAGGCAUCAAAGCAUGGGUCCCUGACUUUGUGGGAUAUAGGGGGUCAGGACCAACUCCGGUCCAGCUGGAAGGACUAUUUAGAGGAUACUGACUCCCUCCUCUAUGUGCUGGACAGUACAGAUGAAGACCGGCUGCCUGAGGCUACGGUUGAGCUGGAAAAUGUCCUGAAUAAUGCUCAUAUGGUUGGUGUCCCUUUCUUGGUCUUAGCCAAUAAGCAGGAGGUGCCCGGGGCCCUGUCUCUGCUGGAGAUUCGGGAUAGAAUGCAGUUAGAACGAUUCAAUGACCGAUGCUGGGAGCUUCGGGGCUGCAGUGCCCUUACAGGUGAGGGGCUAAAAGAAGCCCAGUUGGCCCUAGAGAGACUUCUUCAGUCCCGAAAGCAGCUCUGCCUCUACACUAUGCAAGUGAAUGGAGAGAGGAAGAAAUCUUGACUAACUAGAAACAUUGUUGACUAAGAACUGAGGAAACUGAGUGAGUGACCUUGAAAGACUUAAGAACCUGAACAACAUGAUGAUCAACCACUAUUCCAGUGGGCCAAUGACGAAGAGCCCUACGUCCUUUCUGACAGAGAAGCAAUGCGUUAAAUAUACAGAAUGAAUACAUUUUUGGAAAUGGCCAAUAUGAGAAAUUGUUUUGCUUGACUAUGCAUAUUUAUAACCAAGGUUUUGGUUUUUUCUCUUUUUUCUUUUUCUAGUAGCAAGGGGGAAAUGGUGAAGAGAAAACUCUUGUAACUGGGGGGGGGAAGAACCCUUUAAUUAAAAAAAAAAUAAAAGCUGAUGGAAACAACUAA